CUCAUUGAUGGUCGUAGUCGUUGGGAAGAGCGGGAGACGGACGUGGCGUUUUCGUGUGAUUAAAAUGGUGAAAGUAAUGGCGGAGACGGUUUCGUUGAGUCCGUGAUGGGCGUAUCUAAGGCGUGGUACGGCUAAGAUGGCGCUGUUUCACCAUCAAAACGGCAGCGUCGUAAGCAACAAGAAUGUGUUUAACAGGCCGCGAUCGCAGAGGAAGCCGAUUUCAACGUCGGUCAUCUGUGGCUUGAUGCUCUUUUGCUUGGGCAUGAUUUCGCUCCUCACUGGCCAUAUGGCGUCUGAGCUCGAGCGGUACUCCCAGCGACUUGUGAGACAAAGUCUCUUCCAUUUGGAUGAAAGCAAUAAAGGACCGAUUUAUAUAUGGAAAUCUGAAUAUGCAAAAUACUUCUAUGGAUGUAGCGAAAGUAGCGCUAAAUUUCCUGAUGCUAUUAGUGAGCAAGAAUCAAAUGGUUAUCUGCUUAUUGCUGCAAGUGGAGGACUGAAUCAACAAAGAACAGGAAUAUCAGAUGCCGUAGUUGUUGCACGGAUUCUUAAUGCAACCUUAGUUGUACCCGAGUUGGAUCACCAUUCCUAUUGGAAGGAUGAUAGUGACUUUGUCAAUAUUUUUGAUGUCGACUGGUUCAUUUCUUACCUAGCAAAAGAUGUUACUAUUGUCAAAAGAGUUCCUGAUAAAUUCAUGCGAUCGAUGGAAAAGCCUCCAUACACGAUGCGUGUCCCAAGGAAAUCACCUCCAGAAUAUUAUCUAGACCAAGUUCUACCAAUACUUAAAAGAAGACAUGUCCUGCAACUGACAAAGUUUGAUUACAGACUGGCCAACAACAUCGACGAAGACUUUCAAAAGUUGCGUUGCCGGGCUAAUUUUCAUGCUUUAAGGUUUACAAAACCUAUCCAAGAACUUGGACAAAAACUUGUCAUGAAAAUGCGUGAGAAGACUACACGUUUUAUUGCAGUCCAUUUGAGACUCGAACCUGAUAUGCUAGCGUUUUCUGGUUGUUACUUUGGAGGAGGGGACAAAGAGAGAUACAAGCUUGGAGAGAUAAGAAAACGAUGGGAAACAUUGCCUGACAUUGAUGCCGUUGCAGAGAGGAGGCGAGGUAAAUGUCCGCUUACUCCCCAUGAAGUAGGCUUGAUGUUAAGGGCACUUGGCUUCCAAAACGACACAUAUAUCUACGUUGCAUCUGGAGAAAUAUAUGGUGGAGAAGAGACUCUGGCACCACUAAAAGAUCUCUUCCCAAACUUCUAUACAAAAGAGAUGUUUGCAAAUGAAGAGCUGAAACCUUUUCUUCCCCACUCUUCUUCCCUUGCUGCCAUCGACUACGUUGUUUGCGACGAAAGCAACGUAUUCGUCACCAAUAAUAACGGAAACAUGGCCAAGAUCCUCGCUGGUCGAAGGAGGUACAUGGGGCACAAGAGGACCAUAAGACCAAAUGCCAAGAGGCUGAGUCCAUUGUUGAUGGAAAGGGAUCAAAUGGAUUGGGAUACCUUUGCCGAAAAGGUGAGGGCGGUUCAAAGAGGAUUCAUGGGAGAACCGGAUGAGAUGAGAGCCGGACGUGGUGAAUUCCAUGAGUAUCCGUAUUCUUGUAUAUGCGAGAAGCCGGCAAGUGAUACCGACGGCAACAAGAGCGGAGAUCAUCGGUUACAACAGUUUAUAGAAAAUCAAGGAUCGAGGAAGAGAAGCAAUGAAGAAGAAGAAGAGGCAGUUGUAGGAACCAAGGAGGAUGAACAUGAAGAAGUAUUUCCUGACUAAGUGGAG